AGUAACUCUCAUUUGUGAACGUUUUCAUUUCAUGUUUCGCACGCAAACAUAUUUCAACAUGACUUUAUGAUUUGUCUCUCGAUGUUUUCACAUAGACCCUGGACACGUUUGUGAUAUACUGACUUGAUGCACAAUGCUUCGUGUAGUAUGGAACAUCAUCAAGACAUUAAUCAGCCUCGUCUUUAAAAUAUUUUCACCUUUUAAGCGUUUGGUAUGUCGCCGACGAAGAAACUCAGACGCAGAUAUUAUUCCUGUUGGCAAUCACAUGUCGACAUACGAUUCCACCACUAUUGACAUGAUGCCAGUGCCAGACAGCAGCGAGACAGAGCUUCAGUCCUGGGACACAUGGGGAGUAGAGGACAUGGGUCGUAAGAGUCACAACUCACACAUGACAGGUCAUGUGACAGCCAGUAACUAUCGGCAAAAGCGUGUGACAGAACCAGAACCGGAGCCUGAGAUUGAUUAUUUCCAGGACCUCACACCAGACUUUAAAAAGGCACCAAAGAUAUUACUGAAGAAGAAAGAUGAGCCGAGUAUCAACAAGACAGCAAUCUCCAACAGACUGGCAGUGACAUCUGAUAUCCCCAUACCUGGUUCUGAGCUGGGUAGCUGGGAGGACCAGGAAAACGCUUGGGGGGACGAAGCUCAGGAGGACCUGUCCUGGCAGGCAGAGGCCGCCAUGAAGGAGAAGAGGCGACUCGAACGCCAAGAAAGGACAAUGGAACAGCAGCGGAAAAAACAUGAGAGGGAAAUGAAAGGUGGCCAGAAAAGAGACAGUCACAUGAUGGCCGUCAGAUUGUCAUGAUGUAAAGUCAAGUGUGGUCAUCAUUGGAUUAUGUGGAGGACUUUGUGGGUACAGUGGACAUACGGUGGACAUACAGUGGGAUGGGUGUUGGACAUUAUCACAUUUUGUUCUGCAUGUUGUAAUCUGUUUUAGUGACAUUGUCAUCUUGUUUAAUGUCAUUGUGCUAUCUUCCGAACAACUGAAUGACAUUUUUAGAUGUGUUUCUGUCGGAUAUGGUGUCUGUCAUCUGUGUUAAUGUCAGGCAUUAAACCGACCUGAAAUCAACCCAAAGAAUGUUUAUGCAUCUCGUGUUGGUGAAAAUAUUUUGUAUGUUAAGUUCGGAAUAAGAUAACUUUUCCCAUUUUGAUAUGCAUCUUUCAUCAUCCCAUCUUUCUGGUAACCUUGCUGUUUUACCAUGGUUACUGCUUGAGGUAGUCACCAAGGCUGCUACCGGUUGCUACUAACUGGAGGUAGUAACACAGGGCUGUUUAAUGUUAUUAUAUCCGACUUAACCAUGUUCACAACACAUUCUGUUUACCUACAUAUCCAGUUCACACAGAGCUCCAGGUAAGCUGGACUUGUUGGAAUAAAUCACCAUCACCCAUUUAUUUAACAUGCUAAUACAAUGAGGAAAACAAAUCAAAAGUGGCAGAAUAAAUUUGAGCUUCACGUGCACAAAUACACAUCAAUUUUCAAUUUUCAAAUUCCCCAAAAGUAACAAUGUAAUUGCCCAAUGUAGCUUUUGCACGUGUUUUGUAUUUACCUGUAUUUCUUUACUGAUUUAUAUUAACUGAUCCAAUAUGUUGAAUGCAGGCUUCUCACAACAUGAACCAUACUAAGUGUAAAUAAAUUCAACAGGGACUCUGUCACUUUUCUUGUUAAGUCACAAUAAGACUUUGCUCGGCUGUGGUUUUGUGCAACAUGUUACAGACUUGGGGUGAGCACACAAACCAAUGCAAAUGAGAAGUCACAUAAAACAGCAGUUUCUUGACAUUUGAUAUCUCAAAAGUGUCUACUCAUUGGCGUAAUAAUAAAUAAGAGACUCCAUCCAUGGCAGUAAAACAUAUGGAAUACCUAGAGAAUAUAUCAAGCCCAUUGUCAAUGAUGUGAAUCUGACUGCAAGUAAAGCCUCAGUUGCUCACAACAUCAUCUGCAGACCUGUAAGUAUGGUUACCCAGUGCAACAACAGCUGCACCACAGAUGUUACAGCAUCAGCAACUACAAAUUUCGCCUUCAAUUUAGUUUAGGCUUUUGUACCAUCCAAGAACUGUAUUUCAAAUUUUGUUCUGAUUCUUUUUUUCCAUAUCUUGAAAAUGUGAUGUUUGAUAUUAAUAUUUGACCUUUAGAAUAUAAUGAUAUUAUAAUGAUCUGGAUGCAUGAAUUAUGGUGAUUCACGUAUUCCUUGGUGAAUUGACAUAAUACUAGUUAUGUACGUCUGGCCUAUCGGACAAAGCCUUCGCAUGUUACAGGGAAGGACUGCCCAAGUUCCAUUCCAGACAGGUGUAGUGAGCUGGGUGUCAUGUCAGAUUCUGGGAGAGCUGUUCCUGCUCUUGAGAUCCCCGUCACUGAAGACAGCAAGAUUGGAAUAUAGAAUUUUGUUUAUGUAUUGUUUGACAAAGCUAUUAGCAGUUUUCCAGCAAUGUGACAGCAGUAUGUAAAUAACCAAGCCUGGACUAGGCAAUCCAGUGACUGACAUAUAUAAUCAUGAGCAUCAGUCUACGCAAUUAGGGUCAGCAUCAACCAAGUCAUCAAGCUGACCACCUUACCGCUAGUCGCUUCUUACAACAAGCAUGGAAGACUGAAGACCAGUUCUAACCGGUAUCUUCACAAGUAGAAUAUUGAACUAUGAUGGUACAAUCAUAUAUUUAUUAUGCUGCUUGAAAUUGAACAGUUGACUUUUUGUUUGGGACUAUUAAUGUGUAUUAAGUUGAUGAUUGGUUUUAUCAGCUUCAUCCAUGAAAAUGGUUACAGUGCUGAACUGAACAUGGGGAUUAUGAAGACCAAUGCAUUGCAGCCACAGAAGGAAGAAACUAUUUGUCCUUAGGGAUGUGGAUAUUAUUGUGGCAUUUUUAUUAAGUUGUGUGAUCAGAUUCCACUGCAGAAAAUAUCUCCAAAAUAUUCCUGCUCCCUUACUCCCAUUGCUCAGUAUGUAUUUAUGAUGUCAGGUCCCGAAACAAACUGAAGUCUGAGUUUUCACUUAAGUUAGAGUUUUUACUCAAAUUUGAGAAAACACAGGAAAAUGCAUUUCCCAGAAUAAACUGAAAUUGAUGUUGAACUUUAACUGAGUAGACAAUCUGAAUUUGGUAGAUAGGUUACUUGAGUUGUUUUGCCUUUUUGGUCUUAGAAACUCAGCUGUUUCAAAUUGUCAAAUUCAGUUUGAAAUUUGAGUAAAAGUUUCUUCCAGGGAAUGUUAAGGACAGUAUGUUAUGGCGUGCUACAUUUUUCCCAUCAUAAACUAUUGAUUUCCCUCGUGCUAACCUAAGGACCUUGUGCUGUUCCUCAAAUAUUUCCAAAUCAACUUGAAUUGCAGAAAUGUUCUAUAUAUAUCUUUACACAUGGUACGCAGCCUAGAAAUUCAAAAUAUUCAUACAUUUGGAAAUAUUUAAGCAACGACACAAGGGUCUGUGGUGCUAAUGUGAAGCUGACUUGGACAGUUAAAGGAAUGCAGUAUCUAUAUAUAUUAGUCUGUUACAACUUGAUAAAUGAUGGAUAUGAAAUAAAAGAAUUUUCACUUCAUUAGUAAUACACCAUGUUACUAAUAGUGAAAAUGUAUUGUGUGAAA